AAAAAAAAAAAAAAGGUAUUUAUCUUUCCGUGCGCUUAUAUUCGCCGGGGAGCUUCGGAGGUUCGGCUAGGGAAGGCGCGUGUCAAGACGGAACUGAAGGGGAAGGGAUCUCAUUUCUUUACCUUCUCCUAUCUCUUUUUGCGCUUAUACUCUCCUCUCGUCGAAGUUCUUUUUCUUCCAUGGGGCUAUGGGACUCUUUCUUGAAUUGGCUGCGAAGCCUCUUCUUCAAACAAGAAAUGGAGUUAUCCUUAAUAGGACUCCAGAAUGCUGGGAAAACAUCACUUGUUAAUGUUAUUGCGACUGGUGGAUACAGUGAAGACAUGAUUCCUACUGUAGGGUUUAAUAUGAGGAAGGUUACCAAAGGAAAAGUUACUAUAAAGUUAUGGGAUCUUGGUGGGCAGCCUAGAUUUCGCAGCAUGUGGGAACGAUACUGCCGUGCAGUCUCUGCUAUUGUGUAUGUUGUUGAUGCAGCUGAUCAUGAGAACUUGUCAAUUUCAAAAGGCGAACUUCAUGACUUGUUGAGCAAACCUUCACUCAGUGGCAUUCCAUUGCUUGUACUCGGGAACAAAAUAGACAAGGCUGAAGCUCUCUCUAAAGAAGCCUUGACUGACGAAAUGGGUCUGAAAUCCAUCACUGAUAGAGAAGUCUCCUGCUUCAUGAUCUCAUGCAAAAACACGACCAACAUUGAUGUUGUCAUAGACUGGCUUGUGAAGCAUUCCAAGUCCAAAAACUGAUUAUUUAGACUUCUGCUUCUGUGGAUCUUUUUCAGGUUUCAGAUCCCUUUUAGGUUUUAUUUGGGACGUUUUUUUUAUUAUUUUUUAAAACAGUUUUUUAUAUAAAAAUUAAUUAAUUUUUACUAAAAAGCUAUUUUAAGAAGCAAUAAAAAAUGGUUCCAAACAAAACCUUAGAGAGAUAAUGUUGAGUUUCUGCUCUGGACUAACUGCAAUUCUGUGUGAAAUCAAUAAUUUCUUUGCCUUUGUGUAUUUAUUUUAAUUGAUUGUUGUGAACAACUUUUAUAUGUUUGUGUAAAGGGUUAUUAUGAAAUAUAUAAUAUUCCCUGUA